UUACCACAGGAUUUCACUCUUCCUUACAUGGUCUACCUGCAGUCCACCCGCAAGCCCUGUGUGGGGUCUCUCAUUCACCCGGAGUGGGUGCUGACGGCAGCUCACUGCCCUCCCCCUGAUAAAAUCAGACUGGGAGUCUAUCAACCCAGCAGCCCAACUAGGAAGGAGCAGAGACGAGACCCCUUGUUCACCGUGCCCCAUCCUGAGUUCCAUGCACAUACUAUGAGCCAUGACCUGAUGUUGAUCAAGCUGUCCAAGGCUGCCAACAUCAACCGCCAUGUGGGGACCAUAGCCAUAGCCUUGGAGCCCUUGACCUUCAAUGAGUCCUGCUUCAUCCCCACCUGGACCUGGAAUGACUACAAAAACUUCACUGAUCCCGACCUCCUGGCAUGGAUCUACCAGCACUCUCUGCCCUUCAGUGAGUGCCAGGAGAUGCUCCUCAAGAGAAGCUAUGGGAACAUAAUGUGUGUGGGCCGUCCUCUGAAGGUCUCAUCCAAGGUCAAGGAAGUUUCAGCUGCUCCAGCCAUUUGCACUGGGAGGCUGCAUGGAAUCCUGUCCUGGGCCAAAGGCAGCAUCACCCUGGGAAGUGAAGGGUUCUUCACAGAAGUUCAUCCCUACGCAAGAUGGAUCAUGAAAAUCAUCAACACCCACUGA